AUGGUGAAACCUAGAUUUCAACUCCCACUGAUCCGAAUCUUUAGCUUCAAAUUCACCCUAUUGCUCUCUGCCGUUACCAUCACCUUCUGCACUUUGUUCACUUUCUGUUUUCUCUUCACAGCCAUUGUUUAUUCCUCCAAUCAGCGCCAACACUCGAAUUUUGAUGGUGUCGUCACAAACGAAUUUGAUUCAAUUAGAAGGUCCAUUUUGGCUCUUAAAAAUGAUCCACUCAAGCCUCGCUUGGAUCAGAUCCGUAAGCAAGCAGAUGAUCAUCGGUCUCUGGCUCUGGUUUAUGCAUCUUAUGCAAGGAAGCUCAAGCUCGAGAACUCAAAACUUGUCAGGAUUUUUGCAGAAUUGUCACGAAACUUGACAGAUUUAAUAAGCGAACCUCAGUAUAGGGCUCUUCUAAGCAAUGACGCAGUCCUUGUGGACGAAUCAGUUGUUCGGCAGUUUGAGAAAGAAGUGAAGGAACGUAUUAAAACCACACGUCAGGUGAUUGGCGAAGCGAAGGAGUCAUUUGUUAUCCAGCUCAAGAUUCAGAAGUUGAAGGAUACAAUUUUCGCUGUGAAUGAGCAAUUAACAAAGGCGAAGAAGCAAGGUGCCUUCUCGAGCUUGAUCGCUGCGAAGUCAAUUCCAAAGAACUUGCAUUGUCUCACAAUGAGGUUGAUACCAGAAGUUGAAGAUCCUAAUCUGUACCAUUAUGCCAUAUUCUCUGAUAAUGUUGUUGCGGCAUCUGUUGUGGUAAAUUCAGCAACCAAAAAUGCAAAGGAACCCUGGAAGCAUGUGUUUCAUGUUGUAACUGAUAAGAUGAAUCUUGGAGCGAUGCAAGUGAUGUUUAAGCUGAAGGAUUAUAAUGGUGCACAUAUUGAGGUAAAGGCAGUUGAGGAUUACAAAUUCCUGAAUUCUUCCUAUGUUCCAGUCCUUCGGCAAUUGGAGUCUGCUAACCUUCAAAGAUUUUACUUUGAGAACAAGCUUGAGAAUGCUACAAAGGACACCACAAAUAUGAAGUUUAGGAAUCCCAAAUAUUUAUCAAUCUUGAAUCAUUUGAGAUUCUACUUACCAGAAAUGUAUCCAAAGCUUCACAGAAUUUUAUUUUUGGAUGAUGAUAUAGUUGUUCAAAAGGACCUCACUGGGUUAUGGAAAAUUGAUAUGGAUGGCAAGGUGAAUGGAGCUGUAGAAACAUGCUUUGGAUCAUUCCAUAGAUAUGCUCAGUACAUGAAUUUCUCGCAUCCCUUGAUCAAAGCAAAAUUUAAUCCAAAAGCUUGUGCUUGGGCUUAUGGAAUGAAUUUCUUUGAUUUGGACGCAUGGAGAAGGGAAAAAUGCACAGAAGAAUAUCAUUAUUGGCAGAAUCUGAAUGAGAACCGGACACUCUGGAAACUAGGGACAUUGCCUCCUGGUCUAAUCACGUAUUACUCAACGACAAAGCCGCUGGAUAAGUCAUGGCAUGUUUUAGGACUUGGGUAUAACCCAAGUAUUAGCAUGGAAGAGAUUAACAACGCAGCAGUGGUUCACUUCAAUGGUAACAUGAAGCCAUGGCUUGACAUUGCCAUGACACAAUUUAAGCCACUUUGGACAAAGUAUGUUGACUAUGAGUUAGAUUUUGUUCAGGCAUGUAAUUUUGGUAUCUAA